AUGUCAGAAGAAAAACCAGUACCUACAGAAGCACAACUUUACUUUGAAGGAUUAGAGUAUUGUGUAUUUAAAGAUCAUCCAAAAUACAAUCAACAAUUUCAAACAUUCAAUAGUCGAUAUGAUACAACACCUCAUGCAUUCUGUAAACCACGUACCAUCGAUGAUAUCAAAGACAUUGUACUCUAUGCAAAGAGUAAAUCAAUCAAGGUUGUUUGUAAAUCUGGUGGUCACUCUUGUACUGGUUUCUCUGUUGAAAUGGAUGCAAUCGUUAUUGAUAUGCGUGAUAUGAAACAUGUCUAUGAUGUAGAUACGGUAAACAAGACUGUAAAAGUUCAAUGUGGUGCUCUUGUAGAAGAUUUGUAUGAUAAGACUACUAUACAUGGUUUGGCUGUACCUGGAGGUUCAUGUCCUACUGUUGGUAUUGGAGGUUUGGUAACUGGUGGAGGAGCAAAUUAUUUAUCACCAAAGUUUGGUUAUAUGUGUGAUAAUGUAUUGGAGAUGACUGUUGUUUUGUCGGAUGGGUCGGUGGUGGUAUGCACAGAGAAAGAAGGAGAACAUAGUGAUUUGUUUUGGGCUAUGAGAGGUGGAGGACAUACUGGGUUGGGUGUGUUGGUCGACGUCACAUUCCGUCUCUACGAGAUUGAAAAGGUGUAUUUUUGGACAACUACAACCAUUCCAUCGGGUUUGUGGACAGAUGCAUUUGUACCGGCCAUGUUAUCAGUGAUAGAGUACUCCAAGACAAUGGAUCAAGCCACCUACUUUAACUUUGAAAGUAGAAAAAGGUUCGUUCCAACGAAUAAGUUGAAUGACAGUCACAAUGGCAACCAAUCACCUCUACCAACCAUAUCAAUCAUAUUCCUGUACAACGGUGACUACAAUAUCGGUAGACAACAAUUUAAAACAUUUUAUGAUCGUCUUGUUGGUGACUUGAAACAUUAUAACGGCACGAUUGACACAUCAAAGAUUACAACCAAUAUCGAUCCAAUACCCAUUCGAUUCAUCGAUCUUAUUAAAAACGGUCCGAGACCAACACCUAAAAGAAUCUAUUCACGGUGUAGAAUGAUUCAUUCUCUGACUGUGGAGCAGAUACAAUCGAUUCAACCACUCAUCUAUUCGGCACUUCCAACAUUUGAUAUAGACAAGGAUGGAGCAUCUCUGUUUACACUCAACAUGUACUAUCAAGGUGGAAAGAUGACCAAAAAAGCAACAGACUACAAUGCAUUCCCGUUCCGUGAUACACCAUGGUCAAUCUCCUUGACUGGCACCUAUACCAACAAAGACAACGACCAACUAUUUGGACAAUGGAGUAAGAAUGCCAAGCAAGUAUUCGACAAAAUCACCGACAAUGUCUAUCCAAACUAUCCAGAACCCGAUCUACUCGACUGGGGUAAAUCUCUCUACUCUACCAAUCUAAAAAGAUUGUCCCAAGUUAAAUCAAAAUAUGAUCAAAUCAAUCUAUUCAAAUCAAAACAAACUUUAGAUCAAACAACAACAACAACAACAAUACAUCUCGAUAGUGGUUAUAGUAGUAGGGUAACAGACAGAUUAGGUAGUAAUAUAACUUCUUUUUUUAUCCUUUUUAUUCAUAACCAAAUUCGGCGUACUUUCUUUCUUUGUUCACCACUAACCCAUCAACAACAUCAUCAUCAUCAAUCAACAUCAAAAGUUAUAAUAAAAAAUCAUCCAACAUCAACAACCAAAUUCAUACAUCCACCAACCCAACCCACAAAAGAGAGCAAGAGGGAUAGAGAGAAAGAGAAAGAAAGACAAUUGGAUUGUAUAUGUUCAUAUACUAACUACUACUUUUACUUCUUCUACUUGUUUAUCAAAUUCACAUUGAUUGAUUGA